AUGGUCACAGGCCACAUGGUCACAGGCCACAUGGUAACAGGCCACAGGCCACAUGGUCACAUGGUCACAGGCCACAUGGUCACAGGCCAGAUGGUCACAGGCCACAUGGUCACAGGCCACAUGGUCACAGGCCACAAGGUCACAGAACACAUGGUCACAGGCCACAUGGUCACAGGCCACAUGGUCACAGGCCACAAGGUCACAGGCCACAAGGUCACAGGCCACAAGGUCACAGGCCACAUCGUCACAGGCCACAUGGUCACAGGCCACAUGGUCACAGGCCACAUGGUCACAGGCCACAAACAAUAA